UAAGGUAGGCGGGACUUCAGCCGGAUGAGGUCCUUUCGCCAUUGCGUAGCGGUAGGAAAAAGUAGUAACUGCUGUCGAGGGCGCUAUUUGGCCCGUUACCAUGAGGAGAUCCGUGCCCCAACUGCUGCUGCUCGUGCUGCUGGCCUUCCCCGCCGCCUUGCUCCUUGGUGGCGCCCGUAGUGGCCCAGGUUCUAGCUUGCUGGUGGCUGCUCAGGAUGCCACAGAGGAUGAGGAAGCAAUAGAAGAUACAGUAGUUGAAGAUGAAGAUGAUGAAGCCGAAGUUGAAGAAGAUGAACCCACAGAACUGACAGAAGAGAAAGAGGAAGAAGAUCUAUCGGGACAACCUAAAGCAUCACCUAGUGCUGAUACAACCAUCUUGUUUGUGAAAGGAGAAGAUUUCCCAGCAAACAACAUUGUAAAGUUUUUAGUAGGCUUUACUAACAAGGGUGCAGAAGACUUCAUUGUGGAGUCUCUAGAUGCUUCAUUCCGGUAUCCUCAAGAUUACCAGUUUUUCAUACAGAAUUUCACUGCUUUACCUCUGAACACGGUUGUUCCACCACAAAGACAGGCCACAUUUGAAUACUCCUUCAUUCCUGCAGAGCCUAUGGGUGGUCGUCCCUUUGGACUGGUUAUCAAUCUGAAUUACAAAGACCAAAAUGGGAACUUCUUUCAAGAUGCUGUUUUCAACCAAACUGUUACAAUUAUUGAAAGGGAAGAUGGAUUAGAUGGUGAAACGAUCUUUAUGUAUAUGUUCCUUGGUGGACUUGGCCUGCUUGUCGUCGUUGGUCUGCACCAGCUGUUGGAAUCCAGGAAGAGAAAAAGACCAGUUCAGAAAGUAGAGAUGGGGACAUCAAAUCAGAAUGAUGUUGAUAUGAGUUGGAUUCCUCAAGAAACUUUAAAUCAAAUCAACAAAGCUUCACCAAGACGGUUGCCACGCAAGAGGACACAGAAGAGAUCAGUAGGAUCUGAUGAAUAAAUGCUGCUAGUACAGUCAGCCUUUACUAACCCAGCCAUCCAACCCCUCCCUUUUGUUUUUGCUUGAAUUGGGAGUUGUGCUGAGAAGCCAUAUCGACUGAGGAGAGUACUAUGAAAAACAUUUGGACUAAGCAUUUAGUUGUGUUCAGAGAACAUUGCUAAAAUGCACUUCUCAUUCCUUUUAAAGAAACUCUUAAUUAAGAAUCAUUGUACUAUCUGAAAUGUGCCUUUAGAGUCUCUUCAUUAUGCUGAUCUGUCAUCUGCACACCUUUUGUUUCUGACUUUUUUGUCAGAAAUGCAAAUAUAACAUUUCCUACCUUAUUGUGAUUGUAUCCUGUCGUAUAAGAAGGUGUUUAUGCAUUUUCCUAUCUGUUACCCAGAGUCAUUGAUCUCAUUGUUUGCUACAUGUAUGCAGCUCCUUUUUAGUACGCAUGUUGAACCUCUCAUGAAGCACUGAGUCGCAUUUUUGUGUAGCUAGUAUUCUAAAGGCACAAGCAGGUGUAACUGCUUUUAGCAGUAUAGUGUUUUUUACAAAAUUGCUGCUGCUGUUUGACAUAAAGCGCACACUGAGUCUGAAAUCCCAAAUGUUCUUGCAUAUGUGUCAAAUAAGGGAUUUUUACAGCAGCUGCACUUGUGAAGUAUUGAUUGUGUGAUCACUUUGGCAUCUAUCAUUCUCUUUUUGAUUGCAAUAUAACUGUACAUCUGUAUAACUUGUAGUCAUUUAACUUGGUCAACAGAUCUGGUGAUUAUAGCCACUUGGGUAACUUUGAAAUGAUACUUCAGUUGGUUACAAACCGUACCUCAUCAUUAGACUUAUUCACAUGUCACAGUAAACUAUGGUUUACCAAGACUGCAGGGAAACAUGCAGGCUCCCAGUGCGAAGCUCCUCUCGGAUCUUUUACUCCAGUGCUCUGCUGAGCUAGGCCAAGGUUUGGCAUAGCAUGUUGUCUGAACUCAGGCUAGUUGUUAAACUCUCACUAACUGCAAGCUGUAGCCAAAGUUUGUUCUCGACUACAACUCGAGUUAGGUAGGAAAGAGCUUAACCACGAGCCCAGGUGCAGAUGGUACGCUGUCAGAUCUUGACUUAGCGCAGCAUAGCAGCUGUGGGCUCCUCUCUGGGAGCCUGCAUAUUCCCCCAAUCCUGUAAGACAUAGUUUAGAUUACUGUGUUGUGCAAACCAGGCCAAUAUAAUUGUAGAAUUUCCCACUAUUUGAAACCCAGUCAUGGAUAGAAAAAUGCAUUGAAUUUCUUAGAUAAAGCUGGAUACAAGGUUUGACUUUCAUGCAGGUGUCUUUGGGCAACAACUUACAAGCUGUACAGCAGAAUUGUGUUCUGUUUCCAUAUUUGAUUGUAUACAAAAGAAUAAGUUCUAAAAUAACAGUAAAAACAUAAAUUAAGUUUU